GGCAGUUGAGCGCGGAACCUCGUGCUGUUUGUGUCGGGUGUUUAUCACAGUGAUUACUAAAGUUAUAAACUCAACUUUUGAAGUAAUUACAAUGGACAACCAGCAAGUAUGGGUCCGUGACCAGAAAGAAGGUUUUAUAAUCGGAAAAUUCACGGACAUGGUCGACGGUGACGCAUUGAUUGUUCCUCUGGAUAAAAAAUAUCCUCAACGCACGUGCCCACUCGACGAAGUAUAUCCAGCUGGAGAAUACACCAAAGACGUCGAAGACAAUUGUGCCCUGAUGUACCUGAAUGAGGCGACUCUCCUCAAUAAUAUACGCACUCGCUACUUCAAGGACAAGAUAUACAGCUACGUUGCUAAUAUCCUUAUUGCAGUAAAUCCUUACUGUCCAGUUAAAGACUUGUACUCACGACAAACCAUAAAAGCUUAUCAAGGAAAGUCACUUGGUGAAACACCUCCUCAUGUUUUCGCCAUAGCCGACAAGUCUUUCAGAGACAUGAAAGUACUGAAACAAUCGCAAAGUAUUAUUGUGUCUGGUGAAUCUGGAGCUGGGAAAACAGAAUCUACUAAAUAUUUACUCCGUUAUCUUUGCGAUUUAUGGGGAUCAACUGCUGGCCCUAUAGAACAAAAAAUUCUAGAUGCAAAUCCAGUACUUGAAGCCUUUGGAAAUGCUAAAACAAAGAGGAACAACAACAGCUCUCGGUUCGGUAAAUUUAUGGAAGUGCAUUUCGAUAACAAGUGUCAAGUUGUUGGUGGUUUUAUAUCCCACUAUCUGUUGGAGAAAUCCCGCAUAUGUCUGCAGAGCCCAGACGAAAGAAAUUAUCAUAUAUUUUACAUGAUGUGCGCUGGUGCGCCGACGGAAUUGCGUUCUAAACUUGGUAUCACCAAACCUGACGACUUUCACUAUCUACGAAACGGAUGCUCGCAGUAUUUCUGUAACCAAAAGUCCGAGAAGAAGCUCAAUGAAGCUCAAAAAUCACGAAACCACCUCGAGAAUGGAGGUCUCUCCGACCCAAUUCUCGAUGACGUUGACGGUUUCGAUGCCGUUGAUCAGGCUUUCACUCGUCUCGGACUCACUGAAGUGGAACGAAUGGAGAUCUACACAAUGGUAGCAGCUGUUCUUCAUCUAGGCAAUAUUGUCUUCGAAGAUAAUCCCGAAGACACGCGAGGCGGCUGCAGAAUUGCCGGCACUACUGCCAAGUCCGUUAUAAUGUCAGCUAAACUUCUGGGUGUCGACCCAGAAGAACUAAAAGAGGCGCUGGUGUCCAAAGUGAUGCAGACAAGUCGUGGUGGGUACAAAGGAACUGUUAUCAUGGUGCCUCUCAAGAUAUACGAGGCGAACAAUGCCCGGGACGCUCUAGCUAAAGCAAUAUACAGCAAACUGUUUGAUCACAUCGUAUCCCGCAUAAACAAAAGUAUUCCCUUCAAAGCCUCCAGUUACUACAUCGGCGUACUCGAUAUCGCUGGCUUCGAGUACUUCAAAGUAAACAGCUUCGAGCAAUUUUGCAUCAAUUACUGCAAUGAAAAACUGCAGCAGUUUUUCAAUGAGAGGAUUCUGAAAUUUGAGCAGGAGUUGUACGCCAAAGAGUCGCUGAACAUUCCCAAGAUUUCUUACGUCGACAAUCAAGACUGCAUCGAUCUCAUUGAAGCAAAAACCAAUGGGAUAUUUAGUUUACUAGAUGAGGAAUCGAAAUUACCAACGCAGAGCUUCGCCCACUUUACUAGUGAAGUUCAUCGCACAUGGAAUGGACACUUUAGAAUAACGUUGCCGCGAACCUCGAAGCUAAAAGCUCAUCGCGAGUUGAGAGACGAUGAGGGUUUCGUUAUAAGACACUUUGCCGGCGGGGUUUGCUAUCAGACAAAUCAGUUUAUUGAGAAAAAUAAUGACGCGCUGCAUGCUUCGCUCGAAGGGCUGAUACAAGAGAGCGGUAAUAAUUUUUUGCGCACUCAAUUUGCUAAUCACUCUGCGAGCCAGAAGGGAAAACUUACGUUCAUCAGCGUGGGCAGUAAAUUUAAAACACAGUUGGGUGAACUUAUGGAUAAAUUAAAGAGUAAUGGAACUAAUUUCGUACGUUGCAUUAAGCCUAAUAAUGAAAUGGUUGCUCAUAGCUUUGACGGCAGCAGCAUACUCGGACAAUUACGCUGUUCUGGUAUGACUUCAGUGCUUGAACUAAUGGAACACGGCUAUCCGAGUCGCGUUCCCUUUCAGGAACUCUACAAUAUGUACAAGUCGUAUCUACCGCCGGAGUUGGCUAAACUCGAGCCGCGAUUCUUCUGCGAGGCUCUGCUGCAGAGUUUGAAAUUAAAUAAUAAAGACUUCAAGUUCGGUAUCACUCGGGUGUUUUUCAAACCCGGUAAAUUUGCUGAAUUUGACAGGAUUAUGAAAUCAGAUCCGGAGAACUUGAAGAAACUGGUGGCGAAUGUUAAAAAAUGGCUGCUCAAAUCGCGAUGGAAUAAAAUACAAUUCUGCGCGCUAUCGGUUAUCAAAUUGAAGAAUAAAAUAAUUUAUCGGAGAAAUCAUCUUAUCGUGAUACAAAAAAAUGCUCGAAUGUUUAUUGCUAUGAAACAACACCAGCCGCGUAUCAAGGGAAUUAUGAAAAUAAAAAAUUUGAAAAAUCAACUUAUAGAAAUGCAAGAGAUAGCAAAUCAAUUAAAAGCCACAAGAGAUAAGAGUAUCGAUGACAUCAAAAACUUACAGUCGGAAAUUGAUGUUUCAAUGAAAAAGAUUAAAAUGGAUCAAAAUAUAAAGGCCACGGAAAUAGAUAACUUGUAUGCGAAACUGAGAACUGCUGUCAAUAAUGAAAUGACCAAUCUGCAAGACAAAGUACAGCAGCAAAAAAUCGAGGAGCAAAAGCUGCGUAAGCUCCAAGCGGAAAUGGAGAUUGAAAGGAAAAAAAAAGCCGAAGAAUUGGCUAAGAAGAAAGAAGACGAGGACAACAAAAAGAAAAAAAUGGAGAUUGAAGCGAGAAGAAAAGCCGAGGAGGAGCAAAGAAAGAGACAAGAAGAGGAAGAUCAAAAAGCUGCGCUGAGUCUCCAGGCUCAACUGGAAAAAGAAGCUAUGGAGGAGAGCCAUUACCGUGAACUGAUGGAACAGGAGCGGCGCGAUCACGAUCUAGCUGUCCGACUUGCCCAAGAGUCCAACGGACAAGUCGAAGAUUCACCUCCGCCUAUCAGAAAUGGCUCAGACGUGCGGGUUACCACAACAAACAACAACAGGCUCAACAGGUCAGAGCAAGUGAGAAAUCAUCAGGCAAUGAUGGCUAAUAAAAAAUACGAUCUAUCAAAAUGGAAAUAUUCAGAGUUACGUGACGCUAUCAAUACAUCUUGUGACAUUGAAUUACUAGAAGCAUGUCGUCAUGAGUUCCAUCGCAGACUGAAAGUUUAUCAUGCAUGGAAAGCGAGGAACCGCAGACGCACAACGAUGGAUGAAAACGAACGUGCUCCGAAAUCGAUUAUGGAAGCAGCUGCUAAGUCGUCGCGCAAUCCAUUGAAACACCAGAUAACGGAGUCGUCACAACGAUACUUUCGUAUACCAUUCGUUCGUCCAAACGCAGCAGGACAAACGGAUAAUCCUAAUGCUGGAAGCAAACGUGGCUGGUGGUACGCUCAUUUUGAUGGUCAAUAUGUAGCAAGACAAAUGGAAUUACAUCCAGAUAAACCUCCUAUUCUAUUAGUAGCAGGAAUAGAUGAUAUGCAAAUGUGUGAAUUAAGUUUAGAAGAGACCGGUUUGACCAGGAAACGAGGAGCCGAAAUUCUCGAGCACGAAUUUAAUCGCGAAUGGGAACGUCAUGGUGGCAAACCCUAUAUAAUUCCCGGUGAACGUAAGAAAUGAACUAGAUUAAAUUUUAUUAUCGCGGUUUAUCGGUUUAAUAUAUAUAUAUAAAUAAUAGUAUAUCUCAUUGUGCACUUCAAAACACUACAUGACCAUCGAUAUACCAUUUGUUCAUACGAACAUAAUCUUUUAUUUUCAAUUCAAUACAAUUCAAUUAUUAUUUGCUUUACCUUCAUUAUCUUUUUUGUUAUCAAUAUUAUUACUGUCAAUUAUCCCAUGGGAAACGAGGUCGUAUGUUCAUAUGGCGAAGAAGCUGCAUAAAAAUUACUGCUAAGUAUUUUUCCGUUAUUUUUUUUUUUUUUUCAAGAAUAAUUUAAAUAAAAUAAAUAUUUAUGAGCCACAAAUUUAAUGAGACAUCUCAAUGUCUUCGGUACGUUACUACGUACGUAUAUAAUUAUUAUUGCUAUGUAUAGUUAAAUUUAUAUUUGCUCGCGACAUUAAUAUAUUAUUACACAAUAAAUAAUAAAUAAUUUGAUGAGGGCCAAAAGUAAGACUAAAAAAAAGUUUAAUUAUUAAGAGUAAUAAAAAUAUGUUAUAUUCUGCAUGAUGUUUUGUCUAAAUAAAAUAUCAGUUUCACAUAUGAA